AUGCACGUCUGGCUGGCCGAGGCCAGUGCGCGACAGCGGACGCUCUUGGUAUCGCGGUACGAUCCCUCCGCGAGUACCGGGAAUGAUGAGAUCGUGCUUGCGUUCGCGGUGGCGGAUGGGCGGUGCACGCUCACCAUGCUGCGUGCGCGUGAUUUGGAAUGGAGCCAGCACGUACGGCUCACGUCGCAACGUAGCCCGCUGCACGGUUUGCUAGGCCUGCUGAAUGUGCAGAAAGAUACGUUUCUUGUCGCUGUAUCGAGUGCGGACCGUGUCGGCGCGGUGUCCGAGCACCAAACGGUAUGGCGCGUGCAUGGAGUCGCGUUUCUGUGCCUGAACAGGGCCCACACCGACGCUUUCGAUACCCCUAAUCUCGGUACACGCAGUGCGUCUGAGGAAGCGUGUGAUGCGAUGCAAAAGUACCUGACGAGCGGCAAUUUCUACUUUGCGGAGCGCGGUGCGUUUGAUCUCACGCAGCGCUUCCAGUCCAAAACAGAAGAGCGCACGCUGCGCUUUGACUCGAUGUAUGCGUGGAAUGCGUACAUGAUGGAGCCCCUCUUGCAGUACCGCACAAGGCUCGACGCGACUGCGCGUGCCGAGCUGGACAAGGCGUCCAUGUUCUUGCUCACGAUCCAUGGAUUUGUCGGCACGCAGCCCGUGUCCUACGGCACAGGCACGGCGACGCUCGCAGUCAUCAGCCGCCUGAGUGCGCGGCGCGCUGGGACGCGCUUCAAUGCACGCGGCAUCGACGACCAGGGCAACGCGGCCAACUUUGCCGAGACAGAGACGGUGCUUGUGUGUGGGGACCUUGUGUAUAGUUAUGUCCAACUGCGUGGCUCCGUGCCGAUAUAUUGGGAGCAGCAGGGUCUCCAAGCGCUCAAUGCACGCAUCCAGAUCACGCGUUCCGACGCUGCGGUGCAGCCUGCAUUCAACAAGCACCUGGAGCAGCUGCUCGAGGAAUUCGGCCACGUCUUUGUGCUCGAUCUGCUCGGCACGCGCGAUGCGGAGACGCAGCUGAGCAGUGCGUAUGUGCGUUUUGUGGACAAACUGCGCGUACAGCAUCCCGAGCUGCGCUACUACAAUUUUGAUCUCCACGCAAUCGCCAAGUCUGCCGGCGGCCUCGACGGCGCGCGCGCAGAGCUUGGCAGACUGAACAAUGUACAGAAGCAGCAGCAGGUUGACAUGUACACCUUGCUGGAUCUGCGUAAAAAACGCAGCGUGUACCAGCAAUUUGGUGUGUUUCGUGUUAACUGCUUCGACUGCCUUGACCGGACGAAUGUGGUGCAGGGAUGCCUUUCGCAGACGGCGCUGCGCAACUUUCUCGUGCGAUGCGACGCACGCGACCCCGCACUGGAGCAGCUGCAGCAAGCGCCGGCACAGCACGAUGCCUUGUGGCGCGCGCAUGGCCACCUGUGGGCCGAAAAUGGCGAUGCACUCUCGCAGAUCAGCACCGGGACAGGCUCCCUAAACUCUGGGUUCACGCGCGGGGCCAAGAAAUCCUUUGCGGGGCUGCUCAGUGAUGCGGCAAAAAGCGCAAGUCGUAUGUACAUGAACAACUUCCAGGACCGCGCCAAGCAGCAGGCCAUCGAUACGCUCGUGGGCGGCCGUGCAGACGAGGCGCCCGUCCAGCUGUACGACCCCUUUUACGAGCAGGUCGACGUGGCGAUGGCCGCUCGGAAGCACGAAUACACCUCGCCAAAACCCAUGCGCAUGUUUCUCACCACCUAUAAUGCAAAUGCACGCACGCCCGGCUCAUCCCUCGACGCAUGGCUUGCCCCUGCACAGGACGCAGAGUUUGUGUGUGUUGUGCUGCAGGAGAUCGUGCCGCUCUCCGCACAAGGGAUGCUCUCGUCGGCGACAGAGCCGCUGCAGGUGUGGGUGAGCGCGGUGCUCGACGCGUUGAAUGCGCGUGUGCAAGACGCGUUUGUCGUGCUGCGGCACGAACUGCUCUUUGCCACGGCGGUGCUGCUCUUCACACGCCAGUCGCUUUUGCCGGAUGUGCGCAAUAUCGAGGCAUCGACCAGAAAAACCGGUUUCCGCGGCAUGACAGGGAACAAAGGAGGCGUUGGCGUGCGGCUCGACGUGCACGAGAUGAGCCUGUGCAUUAUCGGCACACACCUGGCCGCAGGCGCUACGAAUGUAGAAGAGCGGAACAGCGAAUUUGGUGCGAUUGAGAGCGGCCUGCAGUUUAUGCGCGGCAAGACCGCUCUUGGACACGACCAUGUGUUCUGGGCGGGCGACUUGAACUAUCGCCUGGACCGGCUCACGAGCGAGCAAGUGCGUGCGAUGGUGGGCGAGAUGGGAGCGGCGGACAGCCGUGCACUGGAGACUCUGCGCUCGCACGACCAGCUUCUUCAUGCACAGCGCGCAGGACUCGCAUUUGCAGGGUACAAAGAGGGGCCUCUCGACUUUGCACCGACGUACAAGUACGACUUGGAUACGGACGUGUACGACUCCUCGGAAAAGUACCGCGCGCCGGCAUGGACCGACCGUAUCUUGUGCAAGAGCGCGGAGGGCGCCGGUGACGUUGAUAUACUGCAGUAUGGCCGCGUCGAGGUGCGGUGGAGUGACCAUCGGCCUGUGUAUGUGCUGCUUGGUUUCGACGCCCCGGUCGUCGAUGCGCAUCGCCGCGCCGCAAUCCAUCGCGAAGUGCUGCUGACGACCGAGACGAAGUUUGGAAAUGCGCUUCCGCCGCCGUCGAAUGCCGCGCAGCAGUGGUGGAAUUCUGCACACGCGAUCGUUCCGCAUCGAGGCGCGCCGGGAAAUCCAUUCACGCGCACGCCAGCGCUUCCGCAGCGCCCACAGCCUGUCGCUAUAUUCGACGCGGCGCCGCAAGAGCCCGCGAGUCACAUACCCCCUCUCGCAAAUCCCCAGAGAGCCCCAGCGCCCAUUCCGCCCCGCCUCCAAAGCGCACCGCCAUUGCCAAGCCGACCCCCACUUUAA